UUGAACACGAUGACAUCUCCAACAGUUGUUGUCUACCUGACAUAUUUGGCCCUGGGGGAAAUUGCAUGGACAGUUUCUCUAAAAUUGUCUCCAUCAGUUCGUCAUGAGAGACGAGAAGCUGGGGAGAGCUUAACUUUAACAUGUGACUUCAAAGAUGAUUAUUCUUCCACCUCAAACGUUUAUUGGUACAAGCAAACAAUCGGAGAGAAAUUAAGCCUUGUCUCUGAAUUCACCAAAUACGGAGGAGCUAAUAGUUCUCAUGGUGAAUUUAAAGACAAUCCCCGCUUCACACUGAAUGCUCAAAAUGGUCAAUAUCACCUAACCAUCUCAGAUUUGAACAUAUCAGACUCAGCUACUUACCACUGCAUAAGCUGUUUUUACUGUGCAUUAAAAAUUCAGGAAACCGUGAUUGUCAGUGUAAAAGGUCCAGGAGUGAACAUCCCAGCUGUGGUCCAUCAGACUGCAUCAGAGACCAUCGAGCCAGGAGGCUCUGUGACUCUGAGCUGUACAGUCCACCCUGGGACCUGUGAUGGAGAACACAGUGUUUACUGGUUCAAAAACUCUCACCCAGGAUUCAUUUACACCCAUGGAGGCGGGAAUGAUCAGUGUGUGAGGAAAGCUAACUCACAAACAAACACCUGUACCUACAACUUGCUUAUGAAAAACCAAAAUAUUUCUAAUAUUGGGACGUACUACUGCGCUGUCGCUUCAUGCGGACACAUUCUGUUUGGAAACGGGACCAAGCUGGACUCUGGAGAUGGCCUGAACUCUCCUGCCUUGGUGUAUUUCUUGAGUGGAGCUUUGAUAUUUGCGACCAUCCUGAUAGUCAUCAUGGCCUUCUUACUGUACAAGAUGAACAAAAGAAACCGUCUCCUAUCUCAAGAGGCUCAAGCAAGAUUUUCUGCUCCUGCCAUAAGAAACCAUGAGGGUCACAGAGAAGCAGACAACCUCUUCUAUGCCACUCUUAACGUUAAUAGGCCCAACACAUCGAGAAGACAGAGAAACACAACCAAAGACGAGUGUGUGUACUCCAGCGUAAAGCAGUAGAAGUCAAAUGUUUCUUUGUUACUAUUUCAGCUUGACUUGGUUUUGUAUUGUAUUUUUGAAGACUUGUAAUAAUAAUAAUAAUAGACUUUUUGUGGCAUGGACAUCACAGAUACAU